GGGUCUCAGGUGAGGAGAUUGGGUGAGAGGCGCUCAGCAGGCGGCGCAAGGGGAAAGGCUCCCGGGGCAGGGGAUACAGCAGGCAGUUUGGACAGCCCCCCGGACCUCCCCUGGGCGCGAUCUCGUCAGUUUCAAGGGGGUCAAGCAAAAAAAAAGACAUCGGAUUUUCUCCCCUCUUCUUUCCUUUUUGGAAUUUGGCUUUAGGCUACCCGUGUCUCCCUUCUCCCUCCCUCCAACACCAAGACCUCCUCCACCCACCCACACGUUUGGAUUUUUUUUUUUUUUGGAAAUGGCCCGGGCAGCGGCUCUUGGAAGAGGAACAAGUGUGGGAAAAGAGAGAGGAAACCGGAGCUAAAUGACAGGAUGCAGGCGACUUGAGACACAAAAAGAGAAGCAUUUCUCCCGGAUCAAGGCAGUGUUCCGCUGCUGCUUGCUUUUCUCCAAGUCAGCCUGAAGGAUUUUCAAGCUGCGGGAAGACUUGAGGCUAUCGGGGGAGGGAGUUUUUUUUUCCCCUUUCCCUUUUGCCCUCCCCUUCUAUUUGUCUCCUUCGCCCCCUCCCCGGGUCUCUUUCGCUGCCCAAGAUUUUCUGCGUCCUAGUUGAGGAGAAUGGAUUGGGGUCUGCUCGUCCUGCACUGCGCCGCGCUCACUGUAGCCCUUGCCAGCGCGGUUCGGAACGGUAAAUGUGGUGACAAUAUAAAAAUUGUGAGUCCUGGGUACCUUACUUCCCCUGGUUAUCCUCAUUCUUAUCACCCAAGUGAAAAAUGCGAGUGGCUGAUUCAGGCUCCAGACCCAUACCAGAGAAUUAUGAUCAACUUCAACCCUCACUUUGAUUUGGAAGACAGAGACUGCAAGUAUGACUAUGUUGAAGUCAUUGAUGGAGAUAGUGCAAGUGGACGUUUAUGGGGCAAGUUCUGUGGCAAGAUAGCUCCUCCUCCCGUGGUGUCUUCAGGGCCAUUCCUGUUUAUCAAGUUUGUCUCUGACUACGAGACACACGGCGCUGGAUUUUCCAUACGCUAUGAAAUUUUCAAGAGAGGUCCUGAAUGUUCUCGAAACUAUACGUCAUCUACUGGAGUGAUAAAGUCCCCUGGAUUCCCUGAAAAGUAUCCGAACAGCCUUGAAUGCACUUACAUUAUCUUUGCACCAAAGAUGUCAGAGAUUAUCUUGGAAUUUGAAAGCUUUGACCUUGAGCCUGACACUAAUCCUCCAGGGGGGAUGUUCUGUCGAUAUGACCGACUGGAAAUUUGGGAUGGAUUCCCUGAUGUUGGUCCUCAUAUCGGGCGUUACUGUGGACAGAAAACACCGGGCCGCAUCCGUUCCUCAACUGGCAUCCUAUCGCUGGCUUUUUAUACUGACAGUGCAAUAGCAAAAGAAGGAUUCUCUGCAAACUACAGUGUCUUGCAGAGCAGUGUCUCAGAAGAUUUCACGUGUAUGGAACCACUGGGCAUGGAAUCAGGAGAAAUUCAUUCAGACCAAAUCACAGUUUCUUCCCAGUAUAGCACCAAUUGGUCUUCAGAAAGAUCUCGCUUGAAUUACCCAGAGAAUGGAUGGACUCCUGGAGAAGAUUCCUAUAGAGAGUGGAUCCAGGUUGACCUGGGCCUUCUCCGUUUUGUCUCUGCUAUUGGGACACAGGGAGCCAUAUCAAAAGAAACUAAGAAAGAGUACUACGUCAAGACUUACCGAGUGGAUAUUAGUUCCAAUGGUGAAGACUGGAUCACCAUAAAAGAAGGGAACAAACCAACUAUCUUCCAGGGGAACACCAACCCCACAGAUGUUGUGUAUGGAGUUUUCCCCAAGCCUUUCAUAACACGUUUUGUCCGAAUCAAGCCAGUAACCUGGGAAACUGGUAUAUCAAUGAGAUUUGAGGUUUAUGGCUGCAAGAUAACAGAUUAUCCUUGCUCCGGAAUGUUGGGGAUGGUGUCUGGACUCAUUUCGGACUCACAAAUCACAGCCUCAAAUCAAGGAGACAGAAACUGGAUGCCUGAAAACACCCGCCUUGUCACCAGCCGCUCAGGUUGGGCACUGCCCUCUGCCCCUCACUCCUACACAAAUGAGUGGCUCCAGAUAGACCUGGGUGAAGAGAAGAUUGUGAAGGGCAUCAUCAUUCAGGGAGGGAAGCACCGCGAUAACAAGGUGUUCAUGAAAAAAUUCAAGAUCGGAUACAGUAACAACGGCUCCGAUUGGAAAAUGAUUAUGGAUGACAGCAAACGGAAGACCAAGUCCUUUGAGGGUAACAACAACUAUGAUACACCUGAGCUUCGAACUUUUCCUCCUCUGUCCACCCGAUUCAUCAGGAUCUACCCCGAGAGAGCCACUCAUGGAGGACUAGGGCUAAGAAUGGAGCUGCUGGGUUGUGAAGUGGAAGCACCUACAGCUGGACCAACCACUCCUAAUGGGAAUCCAGUGGAUGAAUGUGAUGAUGACCAGGCCAACUGUCACAGUGGAACAGGUGAUGACUUCCAACUGACAGGCGGUACCACCAUACUGGCCACGGAGAAACCAACUGUCAUAGAAAGCACAAUACAGUCAGAGUUUUCAGCAUAUGGUUUUAACUGUGGAUUUGGCUGGGGAUCUCAUAAGACAUUCUGUCAGUGGGAACACGACAAUCACGUGGAAUUGAAGUGGAGUGUGUUGACGAGCAAAACAGGGCCUAUUCAAGAUCAUACAGCAGGAGAUGGCAACUUCAUCUAUUCCCAAGCUGAUGAAAAUCAGAAGGGCAAAGUGGCCCGGCUGCUGAGCCCCAUCGUUUAUUCCCAGAACUCUGCCCACUGCAUGACCUUCUGGUACCACAUGUCAGGUUCCCAUGUUGGCACCUUGAGGGUCAAACUGCGCUACCAGAAGCCGGAUGAAUAUGAUCAAACGCUCUGGACUGCCAUUGGACAUCAAGGAAACCACUGGAAGGAAGGACGUGUUCUACUUCACAAGUCUCUGAAACAUUAUCAGGUGAUUGUUGAGGGUGAAAUCGGAAAAGGAAACCUUGGAGGGAUUGCAGUUGACGACAUUAGUAUUAAUAACCACAUUUCACAGGAGGAUUGUAAAAAAUCAACGGAUGUGGAUAAUAAGGACAAAGAAAACUCAAAUCCUGAAACAGGAAGCACACCAGGAUACAAUGGAAUAGGAGAAGGUGAUGAGAACAUCUCUAGGAAGCCCGGCAAUGUGCUGAAGACAUUGGACCCCAUUCUCAUUACUAUCAUCGCCAUGAGUGCCCUCGGUGUCCUUUUGGGAGCCAUAUGUGGGGUUGUCCUGUACUGUGCCUGUUGGCACAAUGGGAUGUCUGAAAGAAAUUUAUCUGCCCUGGAGAAUUACAACUUUGAACUUGUGGAUGGCGUAAAGUUGAAAAAAGACAAACUGAACACACAAAACACUUACUCGGAGGCAUGAAGGCCGAGAUGAAAAGACACAUCGAGGAAUUUAAGUGGAAGGAUGUAACUUGAGCGUGCUGGGGAACAGUUGAUCUUCCUUUACUGUACAGGCUGAAACAUGCGUUGAUGACGCUGAGCCAAGCUUUUCUCAGGAGGUUUGAUGAGUAUAGCUGACAGACAAACCUGAACAAUCAUCUGUAUUAACGAUCUGUACCAUGGAUGGUCAGCUUUUUCUGUUGGUUUGAUUUAAAUAAUCAGAUGCUGGUGUUGAGACCAAGUAGGAUCGACUUAAUGAUUCCUUUUGUUCUUUCCCCCAUCCCCCUCUCUCUUUUCUCCUUUUCCUUUGAUGGAUUUUAUUCUAAACUGUGCAAAAUCCAAGAUGCUGUCACCAAGUGUAUUCAGUGGGGUCCCUUUGCUGCCUGUAACUCAGUGCCCAGAAAAGAUUGGAUUAACCGCGAUUUAGUGGACUCUUGCGCCUGUACUUGUGUAUAAUUACUCGUGUUGUGCGUAGGCAAAGAAGGGUUAGGCUGUCUUCUUGAGAGAGUACUGACACCUCAGUACCAGUAUAGUGUGUCAGCUCUGUUUACGAAGCAAUACGGUCCAAUCUCCCUUGAUGUUUUCAGUGUUGUACUCGACUUUGUGCUUGUGAACUCCAUACAGAAUAAUGUGCCAUCAUCAGCCAUGACUGGCAACUGACCCGAGUGUACCACCGGAAACCGAAACAAACAGUCCUUGGCACUGGCUAAUUUAUGUCCUCCAAAGUGCCUUUUUGUUUGUACUGGUUCUUAUUGUGUUCACUUGACUGACCCCUCUCUUUCCCUCUGGUGAAAAGAAGCCCUUAUCUCUACUCAAACCCUGGUGGUGUCCUGACGGAGAAGAAAGUAUAUUUUAGUGUGAAAUGUUACCCCUCCCUCCCCCAGGAAGGCAAGGGCUCUGAAGUUUGGGCAACUUGGCUUUGAUUGUUCUACUUUUUCUGUAAUUCAGUUUCAUGCCUCUUAACCCUUUUGUAGAAAGCUGCAAUAUCCUCUUUUAUUGUCCUUUCAUAUGGAAUGUAUUUUCAGAGGUAAACUUUUUCUUCUCUUCUUCUUCUUCUCUCUAUUUCCUAUCACUCUGCGUCUUUUCUCUCUUAUUAAAAGAUAGGCGUUUGCCAUUGUUGAGGAAAGAAACCUGCAGCUUUAAUUUGCUGACAAUGGCAGAGGAUUUUACUAGACUUUAUGUUUAAAAAUAAAUAAAUAAGGGAAAAUUCCUAAUUUUACUCCCCCCAAAGUCUAACUUUGGGCUUCUUGUUAACUCUGUAAAGUGACAGUAUCCUUUUUCCUUCAACUUUUCACUCACUUGGUCUUUUUAAUCCCAAAAUCAGAAUCAAAAUGAAUUGAAGUAUUUGGGUUCAGUGGGGAAAGAUAAAUUGGGAGCUUGUGGGAUGUGGUUUUUACUGAAUUAGGUUGCAAAAGAGACCUCAAAGAAAGGCUGAAUGAAAGCCAUGAAAUUUCAGUGCUAAAUGUUCCAUUGGAACCUUCUUAUUUGGGACUCAGGUUGACUAAGUAAGUAAGGUUAUCAGGUUCCUUUAAACCCCAAUGAAACUGUUUGGUUGGAAGAUGAGAGGGGAAUACAAAAGCUAGCAGUUAAUUUGAAAGAAAAACUCUAAAUCUUGGGGCCAGGAAAGGAAAAUGUUCUGAGAUGAGGAAAGUAGAGAACUUGAAAACCCAUAUCAAAAACACACUCAGAAGCAGGGGGAACUGGUGGCUCCUGUGAAUGAAUGCCUCUGGGCUUCUUUCCAAGUCACUGAACAAAGUAGAAGCCUUCUGUGGGGCAGGACUUAGGGCUCCUAACACCAUAGCAAGUGAGACAUCCUGGCAUCAAGGCAGCCUGUGAAUUAUCCCAAAGAAAUUUUGAUUGUUUUCCGUUUACUUGUGUCAUGUUGUAUAUAAUGAUCUAUAGGUCUUUCCCCCCUCUCCUGCAUAAUGACUGGUCUCUCCAAUAAACUACUGGGAGUCACAUUUGCACCCCAUUUGCAGUGUGGAAAGCCCAUUCAUCUGGAUUUAAUUGGAUUGGAAAUGCUGUUUGUUUCAUGUAAAGUAUGGAGGGCCACAAAAGAAGAAUAAGUGUUUGUCCCCGAUGGCAUCCAGUCCAGAACCAGGACUAAAGCACUAAAGACUUCAUUUCUUAGAAGGUGAUGGACUUAAAGUUGCCUUCAACCAAGGAAAAAUGAUACUGCGACUUUAAAUUAAAAAGUAUCUUGCACUGAUAAAUAUAUUUAAAAAUUAUAUGUUUAUAAAGUUAUUAAUUUGUAAAGGCAGUGUUACAGAAUGUUCAGUUUAUAUUGUUUUAGAUUGUUUCAUAAUUUUUAAAAGUGUAAAAUAACAUAUUUUUUUUCUUUAUUGAAAAACUAUAAAAAAAACUUCUGUAGUAAAAUGAUUUCAUUUUACUGGUAUAUUAUUGCUUCAUGUUUUGUACCAUCAUGAAAUUUUGUGCAAAUUUUUUUUACAGAAAUUUUUAUUUUCUAUGACAAUAGGACACUUGUAAAUUGUUGUUUCAAAAUGAACAGUGAAGCCUUAACUUUAAAUGACGUUUGUAUUCUCAGACACUGAGUAGCAUAAAAUCCACCUAGAACUGAACUGUAACUGAAAUUCCAAGCUAUGACUACUACAUUCCAAAGAAACAGUUGGAUUAAACAUUUUCAUAAAAUA